CAUCAUCUCAUCUCAUCCUUCCCCUUCCCCUUCCCUCUCUUUCUCUUCCCCUCACCCUCCCCUCUUCCUUCUUCCCUCUCCGUCUCUCUUUCUUUCUCUUCCUCCCACACACCCACACACCCAUUCACCCUCACUCUCCCUCUUCACUCUCCGACACCUUCAAGACCACCCUCCUUGCCAUGGGUCUUGUUGGCUUUCACUCUUCGUUUGCUUCCUCUUAUGCAGACUUCCUCUCCCUCACUUUCCUGAGUGCCGUUGCUUGAUCUUAUGGCGUAUUGUCUUAACACGCCUUUCCGUGCAUUCGGCCGCUGACCUGCGGCUUCCACGCUGCCAACCGUCUGUAUUUCGACUCUCGAAUCCCUCCCUCCUCCCAAUUCCUCGUCUCCGAUCGACUCGGACGUUUCUCGCCCUCUUCCUCCCUCCCUCUACCUUGAACUCUCCGAAUUUCUCUACAUUGUCCCUCUCCAACCUACCUCAUGCCGGCUCUCGAGGUCCCCGAGUCCGGGUUGUCUCUCUGCCGAGACAACCACGGCAAUGAUGCUACCACCAAGCCCGUUCAGAUUAUGCGGCUGAAUCUAGCUCAGGAUACUCUUGAUGAGCUGAUCCAGAGCCUCCGGAACGAUCAGACUGCUCGAGUUCGUCUGGGGAAACAUGCGACUCUCUACUACGGCUCCAAAUCCCAACAAUUCCAUCCCCUCCCCGAGACGUGUCGAUCAGAGCUAUAUAGCGGCAGCUCUACGGACAAGGAAAACCUAUAUUUCAGCGGGGUGUUGAGCCAUAGCUUGGAGGUCCAGAAGGCGAAGGAGGAUACCGCGAGUGCCGAUAAGGCAUUGGCCGAUUUGGAGCAAAGCCUGAAUGCCUUUGAAAGAGGAAAAGAGUCGAAGAAGACCGCUAUAAUCACAAGCCUUGAUGAAGUGAGGGCUUUGCGGGCAGGCGACAGACAUGGCACUGGAAAACAGACUGCUCGUCUGGGUCGUGCUCCGGCAAGCAAGGUGGAGUUGGAAAAGGAUCGACUGCUUAAUGCCAAUCGCUCCGUUUCCUCGAGCCCGGCUCUGGGAGUUGCUCGAUCACCUGCAUCUAUACCUCCGCUUACACCUACCUCCGCUCCGCUUUCUCAAAACAAAGAUCGCAUUCGCCUUGAAGCUCUCAAAGUCCCCUUCAUUCACCUUCUCGCCGUCCGGGCAGUUUCCGCCAAAUUCCUCGCGCGACAAACCCGCGCGUCCCUCGAAGACUGCGAGACUCUGGCUCGGAAAUACGGCAUCGAAAACCGAAUCAAUCCGGAGAAGUUCGAUCUCAAAGAUAAGACCUAUCGGGAGCUUGAUGUGUGGAAAUUUCCCUAUCCCUCCCAGGAAGAUCGGCAGGAGGCAAUUGAGAAUGCCAUCUCUGCAUUCGAUCGCCUGCGAAUUUCCCGGUCCGACAAGCUCUGGCAGAUGCUUCUUCCCAAGGAAGAACGCGGAAAGGGCAAGUGCUUAUCGCGCCUGGACUUGCGGACGGGCCCCAUCAAGAAAGCUGCGACACCUCGGAUACAAGUACAAACAUCUGAUGACAAUAGCAAGGACGGUUACACUACGGGUCAGGAGACCGACAAGGCUAGUGGGAAUGGUCUAACACCAAGGACGGGUGAGCCGACGUCAGCUCCCAGAUCUGGGACGGUCGCGCAGAAGAAACGGCCCGGCGACAAGGAUACCGGUGCGAAACGGACUGCCGCAAAGACCAAGGUUGCGGGUAACAGUACCUUGACGGGACGCGUCACCAAGAAGGCGGAGCGGAAGACGACCGCGAAACAACCGGAGGGCAAGUUCAAGUCGGCGGAAUUCGUUCAUGACUCGGAUGAGGACGACACCGACCUGCCAGAUGCAUCGUCAACUGAGAAGCCACAGCCUGCAAAGGCAAAGGCUGAACCUAAGCCGCAGACUAAACUGCAGAAGCCCAGCCCUCCCAGGGAACCCUCUCAUGCGCCUACCCCGAAGGUGGAGCAACCAGAAGCUACACCUAAAUCGGAGCCGAUCGACCAAGCGUCACAUCGGCCUAUGGCAGCAAAGAGGCCUCCUUCCUCGCGACCUCCUGCGCAAAAGUCCCCUCAGAAGUCCCCUCAAAAACCGUCGCCCCUCGGGUCCUCGCCCCCCACCAACGCCUCUGAUAUCCAAAAUCGCAGUCGUUCUUCAAGCCAAAACAAUUCUUCAAGUUCUUCGUCAUCAUCGCCCCUCAUAACCCAGGUCAACAAGCCCAGGCCUGUUGCGAGCGCGCCCACUGUGAGAAAAGUGGUCAAGACCAACGGUGUAUCCAGACCAGCUACCGUGACCAAUCCCCUGAAGCGCAAGGCGGAACUUGAGCGGCCUGCAGCGCUAGCUCAAGUUCCCGGACGUAUUGCGGGGGAUCUGGAACACAAACGGCGGCGAGCCGUGAGCACGUCCAGUGGCAGUACUGGGAGCGCCUCGCCGCCCCUCCGCCGCGAAAUUACCAUCCAGGAGUUGCACGACAAGUCCAAGAAGUUCAAGCGGUUCUACGCCAAGUACCACGCCUUACAUGACGCACUGGCCUCUCAACAAAAUCCGUCGCGAGCCGACUUGGAAAAGCUCCAGAGGCAGCACACUAGUCUGCGGCGGAUGAAGGAGGAGAUAUGGGCCGAACAUCAGCAGCUCCGAGGUGGGCUCUAACGACAGAACAUGGCAUUUGCAUGAAUUUAUUCCUUAUCUAUUUCUCGACCCUUGUUUUUUAUGGUGUCUGGUCCCGGACAUUGACAGAACGGGGUUCCUGUUAUUAUUCCACGAUGUUGCUCCUUUUCGACUACCAUUGUGUCUGUUUUGUUUAGCAUGACGAAGCCGGAUAACAGAAAAAGUGCUUCGAGGCGUUUUAUGGGGCCAGGUGGAUGUCGUUGAUGCUUGAUAAUUUUCUUUUUUUCUUUUUUUUUUUUUUUUUUUU